AUGGGUAAAGCGCCAACAUUACAAGCAUUCUCGUGGCCAUGGGUCACAAAGAAACCAGUUUCCACGGCACCGAGCGUCCACGGCAUUCUCAAGGCUGGAGACAGCCAUCACCUACUUUCGCAGCUUUCUGAAGGGCGACCAUCGUCUGAAGCCUUUUCAUCUCUCACAAGUCUCUCGAAACCUACCAACGGAUCUCGGCGACGGAGGAAGUCCCGAAAAUUCGAAAGCGAGGACCUGUCGGCCGAGAGGCGCCAAUCAUUUGCCGGAAAAGGAUCACGAUCAGGAGAUCGAUCAGACGUGCUCCUAGUCGAUGGCCAGCCCUGCAUCCCCAUCAGUCCCGAGGAGCUUGUGGCGCUGUCAUUCGUUCUUGGCGUGCCACUGACGGUCGCCUCACAUGAUGAGAAGGCCACGCCUAGCAUUCAAGGCAGCGGCGCAUUCGGAAUGUCGCUCCGGAGUGAGACGUCGUCGAACAAUGUCCACCAAAUACGGCUCCGGUACAACACGCCGCCGGCAAUUCAGCAACCAGCACCCGGUGGUAGCUACUCGAUCCUAUUUGCGAAACACAUAGCCUGCGGUUCUAUUCCAUUCGCCAGCGACCAGGACACUACCCACGCCCUCUUCAUCGACCCCGAAGCCCUCCCCAUCCUCAAGAAAGGGCACAGCGCUAUUGGCCUGACCAACCCGGUUUCAACCUACCAGACAAACUACCUGUCUCGCCUUCCUUUUGUUACAACAACGACGUUCCACACCCUCAGUCUACGACCGACCCCCUCUCCACGGCCCUUCCCGCAGCGAUCCAACAGCGUCCUAACCACAGCCACGACACCUGCCUCCCCUCGCCGCUCCUGGUCCACCCGCCGCCGCCGCUACCGCACCGACGAGUCCGUCAGCGCCCCGACCCACCGCGUAUCCUGGGGCGGCUUCUCGCACCGCUCUCCCACCUCCAUCUCCACCCUCAACACCACUCCACCUCCCACCUUCCCGCACCUCCUGGCCUCCCUCCCCCUCACAGCCGGCCUCCCGCCUCUCGCUUCCGUCCCUUUGAUCCACGCCGCGCGCUUCACCGCCUCCGCCGGCCUGCCCCUCGGAAACCUCCUCCCCCUGCUCGAGAACCUCAUCCACAAGAUCCAAGUCCACGCCCCCUCGGCGCAGCUCGGCCCGUACCUAAGAGUUGAGAAUACCGUCAAAUGGCUCCGCACGGCGGGCUACGUGGGCUACACGCCGCGCGUCGAAGACACGGAUAUUGCGACGGGCGCGGCGCGAUCGAGCCGCUACGUCGCGGCGCUUUCGGCGCUCGUGAGGAUGCUAGGGGAGGGAGAGAGGGAAGCGGUGGAGGUGGCGUGUCGGGCGGAGAUGGAGGGGGCGUACGCGGAGGCGGUUGCGAAGGAGCGAAGUUCCGGCAUUGAUGAAAAUAGGAGCCGGAAGGGGGGGAGGGACACGCUGGGUGCGCAAUUGGCGGAUGUCCUGAAGAAGCCGCUGCCGUUGGGUGUGGGCGAUGUAGCGAGGGUCGCGCGGCUGGUGACGGCGGCGUGGACGUGGCAGGUUGGGUGGGUGGUUUGGGGAGAAGAAGAGGCGGGAGAGGCGAGGAAGGGGAAGGCCGAGGGGGGGGUUUAUGAGGCGGUGGGGCUGGAGGGGUUCGGGGAGGGGAUGGUGCUAGCGUGA